AUGGGAGAAGGACGUCAGCUAGCGUCACUCGACGCAUGGUCGGGAACAUCUCCGCAGCCCACUGAUUCGGGUUUGCUGUGAAACAAGACGAAAGAAGGUAUCGGCAGGAGGUCUAUGAUAGAGUUGGUCGGCUGCCCGUGCAGCACUCGAGGGCAGACGUAGGAAUCUGCGGCUGAGGGCCUCGCUCACAGGUGGACAGAUACACAACAAACAACACCGGCCCAGUGUGACCAUCCAUGCGGAUUGUUUGUGGUCAUGCAGACGAGGUCACUGAGCCGUCGGCUGCAGCUAUGCAGCAAGAUGGCAACGACGGGGCUACCCAUCCGGUACCUUACCAUCAGCCGCCUUCUGCCGCGCACAUCUGUCUGGACGGUUGUGUGUGUGUGUGUGUGCAGGAAGCGACUCGCGAUGAGCGCCUCUGUCAGUUUGGACAUGAGAUGGAUCGCAUCAAAGAACUCGUCCAAAAGCUAGAAGCGCAAGUGGGUGGGGCCGGUGUGUCUGUGUGUGUUCCGUAUGUCAUCCAUGCCUCGUUGUUGCAGGUAGCUGGCAAGGGUGCCUCGCUGACUGUGGGCGAGCUGUCUGUGGUGGUGGGCCACGUGAGCCGUGACGGCGGCUGUCUCAAGGAGGCGGCCGACUAUCUGAGCAACAUACACAACACCAACUCACUGCAGGGCGGAGUGGCAGAGGUACGUAUCACAGCUCACACACAUUCCUACUCACCUGUAUCUCUGUGUGUGUUGUCUGAGCAACAGGGUGGCUGUAGUGGCGGUGCGGAAGAGGUGGCCGUGGAGGGGACUCAGAAGGCGACUCAUGCAUCAUCCAUAUCGGUGUGUACGUUGAAAACAGCCAGCCCGUCAGGCAGGCACACUAUGACCUGCCCUCUAAUCCUUUCUCUGUGUGUGUGCAGGUAGCUGGUGUGUCGGAUAGCAAGCGGGCGCGCGUGGAGGACCGAUCGGGCUGUUGUCAUGUGGCUGCUGCUGCAGCUUCAGCUGCAGCUUCAGCUGCAGCUUCUGGUCGACCCGACUGACACAGAAAGUGCAUCAAAAUCUCACGCAUCGAUUCACCCAACGCCGUCGGUCUGUCUGUCUCGCUGUUGUGUUUGCAGUUGAUGUGUUGAGCGGCCCCCAGCAAGACGGACAGGAGCAGCAGCAUGCGAACGUCAGCCUUGACACAAAUAAAGCGGCUCAUUGGCGCACUCGCCACAUUCUCUCUCUCUCUCUCUCUGUGUGUGUGUGUGUGUGUGUGUCAGGUUGUCGGUGGGCCGUGUCUGUGUGGCCUGGAGGCCCCGGUGCUGUGUGGCAUGGCCUCGUGGCUGACCACCAGGGAGGCCACCGUCCUCUGUCGCCUCAACAGGGGCAUCAGAAGCAUAGCCGACUACACCGCCAACCAACACCCGACCCACUGA